AAUUUGGGUAGAAGAUGCAAAUCAUUACCGCAUAGGUGGUGAUGGAAAAGGAAAAUAUCAUGUUUGCGAUAAAACAGGAGAGGACAUUGAAACAAUUGAUAUUGCAGAUCAGGAGUACUAUGUAGUUAAAAAAUAUGUUUUCGUAUACAUAGAAUGGGAACAGAUUUCUAUUUUGAUCAAACUUCCUGUUAAUUUUUAA